AUGUCGCAGAUUGGAGAGCUAAGUUGGAGGACAAUCGCAGCGGUCAAGCGGAACUCGAUCCACAGCCUCAUCCCAGACCAGUGGCAUCUGCCCUCACAAAUUCCUCCUGCAGAAUGGCAAAGAGAUAUCGAGAUUACAGAGGCCAACGCUACGGAUAUAGCGCAGCAAACCGCAACAGGCAAGUGGCGGGCCACGCGAGUCGUGAAAGCCUUUUGCUAUCGCGCCGCAAUCGCCCGUCAGAUGGUCAACUGCCUUCACGAAGUGUGCUUCUCAAAAGCACUGGCUGUGGCGUAG